AUGGCCUGUGUUGCUUCUGCGAGGCAAAUUGAUAGCACUGAGGGCACGAAAAAAUUAGUAGCAGUCCUGGCAGCAGUGGCAGCCCUUCAACCUGCAGCUACGACGGCACUACAUAACAGUGGCAGUGACCAAACGGGAGCACUUGCAGGAUCAGCUGCAGGGACCCAGCAGAGGACGCAGCACCCAGUGAGCAUAUGUGGAUGCAGCAGUAUCAGCAGCAGCUCUCACAGCAGGAUGGUUACGGAUUUGCCUGCACAAGGCGCAACGUCUUUCCGCUGCUUGUUUCUGCCCUUUUGGCGCAAGGGCUCCAGAGCAGGUUGGGAGGCCCCUGACUAUGAAGCUAAGACUUAUGAGAUACGUAGCAGCCACGCUAGGCGCUUUCAGACAUGCCUGAUAGGAACAAGCCACCAACUCAGCAACGGCCACACCAGAGCCAUUGGCUGCUGCAGGCCCCCAAAACUAGGCAGCUCAGAGCCACAUCUGACUUGUUUCCUGCUACAACAGAAGCGUGAGCUGCCGCAGCAGCUGCCUACCGCUCUGUGCCCAGCCUGCACGACUGUUUAUGGUGACUGGAAUGGCUUCUGUAACUGCAAUGUCAAAGAUUCUUCCACUGCUGAUGCAAUACCUCCAUCCAACAACCUGCUACGUAUCCCAUCUUGCUCUUCCCAGUGCAGCAGCAGCUUCCAUGACGGAGAUAGCGAAGAGGCUUCAUUCGCGCCUUCAGGGGUACCAGCAGCAGAGGCUGCCGCUGCAGCAUCAACAGGGGCAUCAGGUGGACCAACAGCAGGAGCGGUAGCCACAAGGCAGGGGCCUUUCAAUAGCAGCAGCUGGCGCUUCCGUAUGAGCCACAAUAGCAGCAUGAACAAACGUUUUCCUUGCGCUGCAUGCUGGAAAUGUAGCAAUAGCAGCACCAUUAGUCUGAAAGUGCUACAGCUCACAACAGCUAGUGGCAGCAUAAUCCCUGCCCUCUUUUUGCAUCACCCAGCAGCGAAACAGACUCUCUUGGUCUCCCACGGCAGCGACAAGGACCUGGGUUGUAUGUAUCCCUUGAUAGUAUCCCUCUGCCGCUCUCUGUCUAUCAACGUCUUGGCGUAUGAGUAUACUGGAUAUGGCUUUUGCUGCUGCAGUAACACUAAAAAGCAGGAGCAGCAAAAGCAACAGCGACGGUUGUGUCGGGCAUCAUUGGCUGGGGUCUACAAUGAUAUUCGUGCUGCAUUUGUAUGGCUGCUGCAACACCAGCAGCAAACACCUCUAAGCAUUAUUCUGUACAGCGAGGGCAGGGGCCUUAUCCCAGCGCUAUGGCUUAGGACUGAACUGGUGGCAGAGGGCCUGCAACUGGGUGGCCUUGUGUUUGUCUGUCCAGCACCAACUGUAGCAACAGUGCCCGAGGAACAAGAUACGGAAAAGGAGCGACGCAAGGGAUUUAUCAGACGCAUGGCCUCUUCUUGUUGCAGGAAACGUAGCGAACUGCACCAGGUGUACAUGCAACUGCUGGAGCUACAGCUGGACGAGCUGCUGAUCCUGGAGGGGGCCUCAGAGGCAGUCCCUGCCGGAAAGACACCGCAGUUGCUGUUACGGCAAAGGGCAGCAGCAGCAGCAACAAAUUUUAAAGCCGAGGCUUCUGGCUGCACAUGCGGCAGCAUGCCAAAAGGAGAACAACUGCGGCUCCUGAAGGAGUAUGUGCACCGUGCAGGUGAACAGCAACAGCAGCAUGAAUUCGUAUUGGAGCAGAAGCAGAUGUUCUUGAGCGAUCUGAUCCACAAGGAUGAACCCAAAGUUUUUAGUGAGCAGAAAAGGCAGCAAAUUUGCAAUGAGCCGCAUGCAUGUCGUGUAAAAAGCGCUCCAACUAAAUACCGCAUUGAGCUUGUAUCUCCUUCCCCUACAGUGGAAGGCACACCACAGCAGGAGCUGCAGUUGGGGCAGCAACGCCAGUCAGGUCAGCAGUAA